UUCUGAUGAGUUUAAGAAUACCCAAACAAUUUGAAAAACUAAUUUAUUUUAUUUUUAAAUAUAAAUUUUAAACAUUAAAGUUUAAAUAUAUUUAGCACUAUCAGUACGUAAACGUAUUUAUUUUUCACAUUUAAUUAAUAAUUAUUGAAUUCUCAAUAAUCACUUUCUUAAUAUAUUGAACAUUGAACAUGCAUAAAAUUUCCUAAAGUUGGUACCUCAAAUUGAAAUCAUAGAUAUACAACGUACGAUUUAUACAACGUGCAAUACGUAUGACACCUGAUAUCAGAAGUUAAUUUAAAAAGAUAUAUAGUUUGAAAAUGAGUAUAAUACCGUGCACAUCGUGGGUAAAAAAAGGUGUUGCUUCUGCAAACCCUGCAAAGAUUCAACUAACUCCAAAAGAAUUAAACCGAAUCAUAAAACACAAACAACCUGAAUUAAUACUACCUGUUGGAAAUGAUUCAGAUAAAAAACACAAUAAAAAAAAACGUGAAGUAGGAUCCUCCGAAAUAGACGAAUAUAAUUUUGACAAAUAUGAUGACGAAUCAGGUAAUAUACACUGUAAUAUUGGUAAUAUUGCAAGUUUUGAGGAAGAUGGAAUAGACCCUUUUAUAACAGAAGAAGAUGAUGAUUCAGAAAAAGAUGAUGAUAUUAUUAAAAGUAACGACAAUCUUGUACUAAUAGGCCGUGUAGAAGGAGGUGGUAGUAUCCUAGAAGUAUUUGUAUAUAAUCAAGAUGAAGAUUCAUUUUAUUGUCAUCAUGAUAUAUUGUUACCAUCAUUCCCAUUGUGUAUAGAAUGGCUUGAUUUUGAUCCUUCAGAUUCAAAACCAGGUAAUUUAUGUGCAAUUGGUGAUAUGACUUCUAUCAUACAAAUAUGGGAUUUAGAUUUAAUGGAUUCUUUAGAACCAGUCUAUAAACUUGGUCGCAAAUCAAAUAAAAAGAGAAGUCAAAGCUAUGUUGGGCAUAGAGAUGCUGUAUUAGAUUUAGCAUGGAAUAAAAAUUAUACACAUGUACUUGCUAGUGCAUCUGCUGAUCAUACAGUUCUGUUGUGGGAUUUAGAAAUUGGGGUACCUGCUAACAAAUUUACAUCUUUUGAAGAAGAAAUUCAGUCAUUAAAAUGGCAUCCAAACGAAAGUCAUUACUUAUUGACAGGUUGCGCAGAUACGCUGGUAAGAUUAUUUGACUGUAGGUAUGAAACAAUUGUACAGUCAUGGGAUGCAUUAGGAGAAGUGGAAAAAGUGUUAUGGAAUUCAUUUGAUUCAAAUUAUUGCUUAGUCAGUACCUCUAAUGGGUAUAUACAAUAUAUAGAUAUUAGGGAAGACAAAUCAAUUUGGGAUGUGCAAGCUCACACAAAAGAAGUCAUAGGUUUAUCACUUAGCUCAUCAUGCCCUGGACUUUUAGUUACUUCAGCAAACGACGGUGUCAUAAAGGUGUGGGAUAUUAUUAACAACAAAGAGCCACGGUCUAUUUGGGAAAAAAAGACUAAUCUUGGUGCUUUGUUAUGUCUUGCACCCAACCCAGAUAAUCCAUUUGUAUUUGCUGUUGGUGGUGACAAUAAAUCACAUAAUUAUAAAAUAUUUGAUCUUUUACAAAUACCAGAAGUACGCGAGAGGUUUCGGGAACGGAAGUUACAAAACAAUAUCAAUGAUACCAGAACACAAGAAGAAAAAGAAGGAAUGAUGGAUGUAACUGAAGAUAAGAAUUCAACGAUUCUACAUACAACUAAUACAGCAUCCAAAAGAACAGAAAGGUAUAAGUAAACAAGUACAAUAAAGAUUUCAAAUUAUAUCUCCAAAGAUUGUAUAUCCAUAGGCACUUGUGCUACUUUUUACUUGUAUAUUGUUUUGACAUA